CAGGAGUAGAAAUGACGAAAAACCAAAACAAAUGUUUUUUUGCUUUUACCUAUGACAAAUUCAAAACUACUGUUUUGUUUCUUCCUUUCUCCAGUUUGUUGCUCUGGUUGUCAGAUGUCGGAAGGCAACAGGACAGAAUAUACUCUCCGUGUUUUUUUGUGUGUGUUUUUUUGAUAUCCGUUCUGGGGUUCUGUGAUGAAAAGUGAACUUUGGUUCCUGUGACUCGUGCCUGUUGUCGAUAGAGUUGAGCUUUGCAUUGAGGGAUAAAUAAAAGCACCGCCUCCCACCUGGACAUAAAUGGAUCUGAAGACAGCCGUGUUUAACGCGGCUCGCGAUGGCAAACUCCGGCUUCUCACCAAGUUGUUGGCCAGCAAAUCCAAAGAGGAGAUUUCCUCCCUGAUCUCUGAGAAAACGAAUGGGGCCACGCCGCUCCUGAUGGCGGCCAGGUAUGGGCACCUGGACAUGGUGGAGUUCCUCCUGGAGCAGUGCAGCGCCUCCAUAGAAAUCGGGGGCUCGGUCAAUUUUGACGGUGAAACCAUCGAGGGGGCUCCCCCUUUGUGGGCCGCUUCUGCAGCAGGACAUCUGAAGGUGGUCCAGUCUCUGUUAAAUCAUGGAGCAUCUGUGAACAACACGACUUUGACCAAUUCAACUCCUCUAAGAGCUGCCUGCUUCGAUGGCCACUUGGAAAUAGUGAAGUACCUUGUAGAACACAAAGCUGAUUUGGAAGUGUCAAACCGGCAUGGGCAUACCUGCUUGAUGAUUUCAUGUUACAAAGGACACAAAGAGAUUGCGCAGUAUUUACUUGAAAAGUUUUUGUUCACCACUUAUUUUCUGGAAGUUUGGUACAUAAAUAUAAGCAGUGAUGUUGAGGUUCCCAGGGCCACCCCCAUGUUUGGAGGUAAUACUGCAUUGCAUGAUUGUGCAGAAUCUGGAAGUUUGGACAUCAUGAAGAUGCUUCUAAUGUAUUGUGCCAAGAUGGAAAAGGAUGGUUAUGGAAUGACUCCCCUUCUCUCAGCAAGUGUGACUGGUCACACAAAUAUUGUGGAUUUUCUGACUCACCAUGCACAGACUAGCAAAACAGAGCGGAUCAAUGCUUUAGAGCUUCUGGGAGCUACAUUUGUAGAUAAAAAAAGAGAUCUACUUGGGGCUUUAAAAUACUGGAAAAAGGCAAUGAACAUGAGGUACAGUGAUAGGACUAAUAUAAUUAGCAAACCAGUACCUCAGACACUAAUAAUGGCUUAUGAUUAUGCCAAGGAGGUAAACAGUUCGGAAGAGUUAGAAGGUCUUAUUGCUGAUCCUGAUGAGAUGAGAAUGCAGGCACUAUUAAUUAGAGAACGUAUUCUUGGUCCUUCUCAUCCUGAUACCUCUUACUAUAUUAGGUAUAGAGGCGCUGUCUAUGCAGACUCUGGAAAUUUCAAACGAUGCAUCAACCUAUGGAAGUAUGCUCUGGAUAUGCAACAGAACAAUUUGGACCCGUUAAGCCCAAUGACCGCCAGCAGCUUACUAUCUUUUGCAGAACUGUUUUCUUUUAUGUUACAGGAUAGGGCUAAAGGCCUGCUGGGUACCACUGUUACAUUUGAUGAUCUUAUGGGCAUAUUGUGCAAAAGUGUCCUUGAAAUAGAGCGAGCUAUCAAACAGACUCAGUGUCCAGCUGACCCCUUACAGUUAAAUAAGGCUCUUUCCAUCAUUUUGCACUUAAUUUGCUUGUUAGAAAAAGUUCCUUGUACUCUAGAACAGGACUACUUCAAAAAGCAGACUAUAUACAGAUUUCUUAAGCUGCAUCCAAGGGGAAAGAAUAACUUCAGCCCUCUUCAUCUGGCUGUGGACAAGAAUACUACAUGUGUAGGGCGGUAUCCUGUUUGCAAAUUUCCAUCUCUGCAAGUUACUGCCAUACUGAUAGAAUGUGGUGCUGAUGUGAACGUCAGAGACUCCGAUGACAACAGUCCCCUACAUAUUGCUGCUCUGAACAACCAUCCAGACAUCAUGAAUCUCCUUAUCAAAUCAGGUGCACAUUUUGAUGCCACAAACUUGCACAAACAAACUGCUAGUGACUUGUUGGACGAGAAAGAAAUAGCUAAAGAU